AGAAGCAGCUGACACGCCUACGACCCAAACGACGAAACCUAAAAAAGGCCUAAUUUGUCUCCCUUUCUUAGAAGAACCUUUCCUUAUAAACAUUACCAUAGUUUGCAAAAAUAGAACCAACACUCUUCUUUAACAUCUAAUUAGAAAUCUAGACGAUUCUAAAGCAACAGAACUUAUAAUCAAACAUAUUUACCAUCCACUCCCCUCGACAAAAAACAAGGAUAUCAGAUUCAAAGUCCUAUAUCGCAAGAAAUAAACAUCACGGUAACCACUGACAGAUAGAAACUAGAAGUACAAUUGAAAUCCAAAUCUCGACUCCUCCAUAUUGCCACUCCUACAAGCGACUCUCCAUUUGCUCCCUUCUGCUAUAACUGACCCUCUCAAAAAUGGCCACAGUGAAGACCUCUUUAGCAAUUCUCUGCAUAGCCUGCUUCGCGGGCAUCGCCUACGCCAGGAUGCCCUACGUGUUCUCUUCGGGAUACGAGUUUAUCACCGGUCAGGUCUCCCAGACGUUCUCCUGCGAUGGGCGUCCUUACGGAUAUUACGCCGACGUAGACAAUGCCUGCAGGAUCUUCCACAUCUGCCUACCAAUCCCCGAUGACGUGGGACAGAUCAUCGAGACAGCCCACUUUUCCUUCGUCUGCGGAAACCAGACCAUCUUCGACCAGGAGACGCUGACCUGCAACCACCCCGCCUUCGCCUUCCCCUGCGACCAAGCGCCCACUUUGUAUGACCUCAAGAACGCCGAAUUCGGACGCCUCAACGAGAAUUUCUGAGAUAAUCGUCAAAUUUAAUAGGCCAAUAGGUUAUUUUUCCCCAGGAUUUUUUUCUUUUUCUUUUUUUGCCGAGUUCGUUUGGUUAAUGGUGAGGGGUUUUGGCAAAUUUUGGCAAAGCAGACCGCGUUGAUGAAGUCUACAGCAAAGACUUUUUCAUUAUUUUUUCCUUAAGCAGCAGUUCCAGGAAUCAAUGAAAAUACAUUCCGCACGAUGAAACCGAACCUUUGCUGCCUUCAAGUGAAGCCAAAAAUAAAGGCUGUACGGUUCAAAUAUAAGUAAUCAAAAUUAUAGCACUCCUUCAAUAUGUUCUACAAGUUUAAACAUCCUCAAGUUCAUACUUCCCCCAACCCAAAGUAUCAAAUUUGGCGACCACAGAAUAAGCGUUUCGAGCGGACAAAACAAAGCAAAUGUAUCUACCGGGCUUUCUUUUCUUCUGCCCUGUUCUUUUACCAUCCCUCCUAUACUUUUCUACACAAGUGUCCCACCGCUAGGCAAGACAAGUAGCUUGCUUGAGAAAACAAAACACACCCCACACAUCAUUCUACUUUCUCUUCCCUUCAAGGCACAAAAUAAACUCUAGAAUUACAUUGAAACCAACUAAGCUUAAAACUCGCAUACAACCCUCGUCCCUCCUUUACGCUCCAAAGAAAGCACAAUUUCCAGAAGUAUUUAAGAAAUGGAUUAAUCUUCAUGAAAUGUUUCAAAGCUUUCAUUGACUUGUAUAACGUCUGCGAAAUUUUCGUCGGGCCAGAAAUCGUUAAAAACAAAAUUAUUAUUUUUUAUUUUCCAGUUCAAAUAAUUCACAUACAUUAGCAGUCCUUUCUUAUCGAUUUUCACAUCACUUCUGUCACUUCCCAAUAGCCACAUUACCAGUAAAUUACCCAGUCCUCGAUUCACUGCACUGGUUAUUAAUAAACUUAGUCUCUCUUAAUUCUUCUCUACUGUUUUCUGCUCGUUUACAUCUGCUUAUUAAAAAUGUUUUUAAGCAUUAGUCGAUCCACUUUCAUUAUAUUAGAAACAAAACUUCUACAUUUUUCUGUUUUCUGGUUUUUUACAGACUGCAAUCUUGAAGUUCUACUCUAAUUACUGUUAAAUUCAUAUUUUAUUCAACGUACAGGAAUAUGAAUAUGUGUGUGUUUAUUAUCUGCGGCAAUAAAUAGAAUAUACAAUAUCAGGAAAAUAACUGUCAAAAACUGUAAAAAAAGGAAUCGGAAUAGUCAGGCGGGAACCUGAUAUGAUAAAAAAAAUAUCAUAAACAAACUAAAUAUUUCAUCAAACCCAAACUGCUGCUCAGGAUAUCUCUACGCAAAGAAAGACAAAAGCAAAAAAGUCAGGAAUUCCCACCCGGGAAAAAUAUGAGGUAAAACAAACACCAAGAAAGAAAGUCUGAAAAAUGAAGCCACAACCUUUCCCAGUUUUACGACACUUCACGCCAUUUACGACUGCUGGCAAUUGCUCUUGGUAAUCGCAGGUCUCUACUCCACCCACAACCAUCCAAAUGAACAAUUUUGAGAGGGAAGAAAAGAAAAAAUAA